AUGUUAUGUAAGCCUCUCUGGCGGCCUCCUGCUGGCCUCGAGGAGGACCACGUGUCACGAGGCCAGCCUCCUCCUGCCCUCGAGGAGGACCACGUGUCACGAGGCCAGCCUCCUGCUGCCCUCGAGGAGGACCACGUGUCACGAGGCCAGCCUCCUCCUGCCCUCGAGGAGGACCACGUGUCACGAGGCCAGCCUCCUCCUGCCCUCGAGGAGGACCACGUGUCACGAGGCCAGCCUCCUCCUGCCCUCGAGGAGGACCACGUGUCACGAGGCCAGCCUCCUCCUGCCCUCGAGGAGGACCACGUGUCACGAGGCCAGCCUCCUCCUGCCCUCGAGGAGGACCACGUGUCACGAGGCCAGCCUCCUCCUGCCCUCGAGGAGGACCACGUGUCACGAGGCCAGCCUCCUCCUGCCCUCGAGGAGGACCACGUGUCACGAGGCCAGCCUCCUCCUGCCCUCGAGGAGGACCACGUGUCACGAGGCCAGCCUCCUCCUGCCCUCGAGGAGGACCACGUGUCACGAGGCCAGCCUCCUCCUGCCCUCGAGGAGGACCACGUGUCACGAGGCCAGCCUCCUCUUGCCCUCGAGGAGGACCACGUGUCACGAGGCCAGCCUCCUCCUGCCCUCGAGGAGGACCACGUGUCACGAGGCCAGCCUCCUCCUGCCCUCGAGGAGGACCACGUGUCACGAGGCCAGCCUCCUCCUGCCCUCGAGGAGGACCCCGUGUCACGAGGCCAGCCUCCUCCUGCCCUCGAGGAGGACCACGUGUCACGAGGCCAGCCUCCUGUUGCCCUCGAGGAGGACCACGUGUCACGAGGCCAGCCUCCUCCUGCCCUCGAGGAGGACCACGUGUCACAAGGCCAGCCUCCUCCUGCCCUCGAGGACCACGUGUCACGAGGCCAGCCUCCUGCUGCCCUCGAGGAGGACCACGUGUCACGAGGCCAGCCUCCUCCUGCCCUCGAGGAGGACCACGUGUCACGAGGCCAGCCUCCUCCUGCCCUCGAGGACCACGUGUCACGAGGCCAGCCUCCUGCUGCCCUCGAGGAGGACCACGUGUCACGAGGCCAGCCUCCUGCUGCCCUCGAGGAGGACCACGUGUCACGAGGCCAGCCUCCUCCUGCCCUCGAGGAGGACCACGUGUCCUCACAUAGAGCCUGUUAG